AUUCCCAUUACUAUUUUUCCACCCAAACGCACCCUAAAUGUGCUGGUUUAUAGUAUGUUGAGGUAGUUUUCCGUUGUAGAGAGCCUCAAUCGUGCGUUUUACCCUUCGAAGGGUCAGCAAAUUUGUGCCGAAACGUCUGUUUAUCAGUUUGCGCUGAAAUUUGUGCGGAACAUGAUCCAUCCAAGUACCCAUUCUAUCAAAACGGAUCAGAAUAAAUAAAGAAGCGCCUAGAAGUCAGCCCCCAAAAGUCUAAAAAUCCCAAACGGCCAAAAACCUUUUCAAAACUGUUUUCGUCUUCAAGAGCACUCCUCUUUCUCCAGCAGAGAAUUCGAUUCCAUCAAUGGACGCCUUUCCCAUCCCCGCUGACACCUACAAGCUAGGGUUCAUCGGAGCAGGAAAAAUGGCGGAAAGCAUCGCCAGAGGAGUUGUCCGAUCCGGAAUCUUGCCCGCUUCUCGCAUCACUACCGCCACUCACUCCAAUCCCCUUCGCCGCGAGGCCUUCAAGUCCUUCGGCGUCAGAGUCCUCUCCAAGAACGACGACGUAGUUGAAGAGAGUGACGUGAUUGUUUUCUCUGUCAAGCCUCAAGUCGUUAAGGAUGCAGUCUCAAAGUUGAAGCCACUUCUGUCGAAGAAGAAGCUUCUGGUUUCUGUUGCUGCUGGAAUAAAAUUGAAAGAUCUGGAGGAAUGGGCUGGUAGCAGCCGAUUUAUUAGGGUUAUGCCAAAUACUCCUGCUGCUGUAGGCGAGGCUGCAUCAGUUAUGAGCUCGGGAGGAACUGCAACAGAGGAAGAUGGGAACUUAAUUGCCAAAUUAUUUGGAUCUGUUGGCAAGAUAUGGCGAGCAGAUGAGAAAUUCUUUGAUGCAGUUACUGGCUUGAGCGGUAGUGGUCCUGCAUAUAUAUAUUUGGCUAUAGAGGCUUUGGCAGAUGGAGGAGUUGCUGCUGGGUUACCACGAGAACUUGCAUUGGGCCUUGCUUCUCAAACUGUGCUCGGAGCAGCAUCUAUGGCCACUAAAACUGGGAAACAUCCAGGUCAGCUCAAAGAUGAUGUUACAUCACCUGGUGGGACUACUAUCGCCGGAAUUCAUGAGUUAGAGAAGGGUGGGUUUCGUGGGCUGUUGAUGAAUGCGGUUGUUGCUGCUGCUAAGCGCGGCCGAGAACUGUCCUAGAGCCUUGUCAUGUUGAUUUUAUCAUCAAUUCAAAUUGCAGAUAGAGCUUUUUGUCGAGCGAGAUAUUCAUUUCACAUAGCCUGCGUUCCGAGCAUUAUUUUAGCAUGCAGUGGGGGGAUUUCAGUGAGAAUUUUGGGUGUUGCACCCUGAUCUUUGGAAUGCAUGUUAUUGCUAGACAUUCAAGUAAAACGAAAUGCAAUGCAUGCCACCACACCUUUACAAGAAAAGAAAUUAAAAAAAAAAAAAAGAAGAAAUCUCUGCCCCGGCAACAUUCUCCUUUUGACUAAACAAUUGAUGUCGAAUACAUUAGGAAAGAGAAAUUGAUUAAUUAAACAAAGCUGACGUAAAUAAACUAUUCAAAAGUUAAUUUUCUAUUGGAGAUCAUGUACCACGUAAACAUGAUGACAUAGUACACCUUAUU